AUGGACAAACUUGCUGAAGAACACACAAAUCUCAAGUUCUUCAAAUUCGACGCAACCACAGCAACUGAUUAUGCUGCCGAAUACUCAAUUGCCUCACUUCCCACGUUUGUAUUCUUCCAAAACCAAAAGGUCAUUAUAAAACGCCUGGCCGCUCUGAGUGUCAAGACUCAAAGAAACCAAUGUCAAAACAAACAGUCAUCAGUAAACAUGGUGUUACACUUGGAAAUGUUUGAAAAUGUUGCAACAAAGCAAGAUACACCUUUACAUAAGAAGGCAGUUAAAACAGUCACAUACAUCACACUAAACAAGCAAGACGAUUAG